AAAAUAUUUCACGAGGACGCGUGCCGUCAGUUUACGAGGGAGCAAUUCAGACAGCAGACGCUACCAGCUAGUAAAGCCAUGGCAAACAACUAUAAGCAAGGUGACCAAACAGCUGAGGGACGCGCAUCAGAUAAUACUGACGUAUCGGCGAAAGACAUAUUUCAAAGUAUCAAGGGCCUGAAUCUGAACAGCUAUGCAACUCGCAAAUCGAUAGCGCAGGGUAUGCUCGACCUGGCGCUACUCACAGCCAAUGCGUCGCAAUUGAAGUACAUUCUGACCGUUGGAGCAACGCAUCAGUUUUAUCACUUUCUGCUCGUUUUGAUCAUUGUGUCGAUUUCAUUGCAGCUAUGUCAAGCACUGCUCAUCAUCGUGCUGGCCGUUGUUUUCGACAUCAAUAAGGUGGAAGAGCAGAAACGGUCCGAUAUCGUGAACAACGUGCUCAUUGCCUUUACCGUGAUCAGUGUCGUAGUGAAUGUGAUAAUAAGUGCGUUCGAUAUGAAAUCUCAGUCGGAUGUUUUAAAACAAAGUUAAGCUAUGUGGAUUGAAGCUGCGUGAGUUUCACCACAAACUACUAAUAAAAACUAAUUAUUGUACAAUGUUGAAAAAAUUGCUAUGAUAAGAUAGGAAAUGUUAUUGGUUAUGCAUUUUAAUCGCAAAUGAUAACGUAUACAUUGCUUAAAACAAUUGACAGACAGAAAAUUCAAGUGUUAUCAGUUGAAAGGGGGCAGCUAUUACCAAAACGGCCGAAAAACAACAUUCGAAGAUUGGUUCACGCUUAAAUAUAAAGUGAAGAAAUUGGAAA